AUGCUUGAUCCAGUAUUAGAACAGAAUUACCCCACUAAUCCAAAACGUGUUGAUAAACAUGAUCGUGGUCAAAUCCUAUUAACAAUAAACGUGGAAUUCGAGGAUGGUCAUACUCAAGCAAUCUGUGUUCAUGUCAACGAUGAACCUGCUGAUUUGGCAAAAGAUUUUUGUGAUUUAUGGGGGGUAACAAACCCGGUGGUAGAACCCGCAUUUGAAGGUUUAAUUAAAGAGGAAAAAGAUAAAAGACUUGUCCAAAAAAGACCAGUCAGAUGGAUUAUUGUCGUUGAGAUAGUCAAUGAGCCAGAUAGCAUAAUGGACAUUCGUUUAUCACAUAGUGACAAAAUUUUAUGCAACAAGUUGAAAGAAAAAAGAGAAAAAAAUUAUUCCCUGUAG